GGACGGAUUUGUAGACUCUUUCUGUUUGAAGUCCUCCAAUUGGACGAGUGGAGAAGGUAGGAUCAGCCUGGAAAGUUGAUUUUCAAAGUCUGACGGACGAAGACGGAGCGGUCGCCUCCCCCUCCCCGCAGUCAUGGAUGGCUCCUACCGUACUCCCUCCCAAGAAGCCUAUCGUGCAGCCAUGGUGCUUUCUGGAGCUGGUGAUGCCCUUGGAUAUCGCAACCAGCGCUGGGAAUACUGUACUUCAGGGCCCCAGAUCCACCAAGAGCUCCAGGAAAUGGGGGGACUUGGCAAGAUCCGUGUAGCUCUUCCUGAUUGGCCAGUCAGUGAUGACACUGUGCUGCACCUGGCAACUGCUGAGGCCCUUGCCACAGGGAAGACUGGGGAGCCCUUGUUCCAGGAGCUGGCAAGAUGCUAUGUAGAGGGCAUGAAAGAUAUGGAGGGAAGAAAACCUGGACCCACCAGUAUUUUGGGAACAUCUCAGUUACGUCCAGGAGAGCCAGGUGGAUAUCACAUUCCCUUCAACUCUUACGCAACCGGUUGUGGUGCAGCUAUGAGAUCCAUGUGCAUUGGGCUUAGGUAUCCUCAGCCUUCUGAUCUCAACACCUUGAUUCAAGUCAGCAUAGAAAGUGGAAGAAUGACACAUCACCACCCCACAGGCUAUCUGGGAUCUCUGGCUUCGGCCCUCUUCACUGCAUAUGCUGUCCAGGGACUGCCCCUUGAGCGCUGGGGAUCUGGGUUGCUGAAGACUCUGCCCCUUGCCCUGGAAUACAUCCAGGCUGCUGGGAUUGAGACUGAAGCCAAUGUAGCAGCUUGGUCCUAUUUCCAAGAGAAAUGGGAAUGGUACCUCUCAGAACGGGGUCUCAUCGAUGGUCAGGGCCCAGUUCGAUUUCCUCCUGUCUAUGGUCCUGCUGAGCGGGAUGUCAUCUACAAAACCUUCAGCCUGGAUGGUUGGGCUGGGCGGAGUGGCCAUGAUGCACCCAUGAUUGCCUAUGAUUCCCUCCUGGGCGCUGGAAGCAGCUGGGAGCAGCUCUGUGGACGGUCCAUGUUCCAUGGGGGGGACAGUGACUCCACAGGGGUAAUCGCAGCUUGCUGCUGGGGCCUUACAUAUGGUCUCCAAGACAUCCCACCUGGAAAUCACAUGGAACUGGAAUACCGAGACAGGAUGGUCUCUGCAGCCAACUCUCUCUAUCACCUGGCUUGGGAGCGGGGAUCUGUUUGAGAAGCUGUUACCAUAGCUAAUAUCCUCAAUUCAUGGGAAGGCAUAAGCUGAAAACUUUCAAUAGAUUGAAAACUGCUGCUUUCAAAAUAAAUUGUAGCUGUAUUCUGCCUCGCUUUUGUGGAUUGGAGGAGGGAUCCAUGUCAGAUUCUUAAGAUCCCGUAAAGAGGAGUCUUUUAAGAUAUAGAUUCCCAAGAUCCUGUAUAGACGUGUCCACAGGGAAGUGAUUUAAAAAACUUCAAGAUGGAACCAGAACCAUGUGACUGAAGUCCCACUCUUUUGGGAUGGAGUUUUAACCAUAUGGUUGUGGCUGCCAUUUUGAUUCCGUUGACCUUUUUGUAGGUGAACUAUUUUCUUUGACUUGAAAGAUAAUCCAUUUAAUAAACAAGAGCAUUGUGAUUUCACAGAGGAUUGUGCAU